ACAUUAAAGGAUGACGAGUCUUUCUACGAGAUCGACAUGGGAAACAUCCUGAAAUACACGUGGUAUUUUCACAUCAAAGUCGUGGGUCAAGUGCUUCUUGGGAUGAGCAUCACUAGCGAGACUGCUUCGCGGCCGGAUGAUGCCUGGGGAAGAAGGUGUUGUCUAUGGGAUUUGGAGUUGCCAGUGGGAGCCAUAGGUGUUUACACAUGCGAGCUUGUGGACAACACUAAGAAGAACUGGAUCCAAUUGACAGACCCGAAGGAUAAAAAAAGUACUCAUUAUUUUGACCAUGGAAACCUUUCGAAUGGAACGAUACUGCAUUACACGAUUCGCCUCUCAUUUCGGGAGUACGUCGUAAGCACCGAUUUCCACCCGGAACUUUUUGCGCAACAAUCCGAUAAACCGACCUACAUUAACGCAUACUUCUCAGAAGCACUGAACAUCAUUAACUUCGAUGUGGACGUACCGUACACGUAGAAGACGAGUUUACUCUCUGCAUUUACUCGUUUCCAGCAAUUCCGUAAUUAGCAAAAUGUGUUUUCUGAAAUAAACGAAUACUCCUAUUUCAAUAAAGUAUUAUCGCCGUUA